AUGACGGAAUACACUGCUGGGAAACGUGCCGACGCAACGGAAGAGUUCACACCACUAAAGAAGGAGGUGAGUGACAAACACGAGCCGAGUAGAAACCCAGAGGAAGUGAUAAACCCAGAGGAAGUGAUCAACCCAGAGGAAGUGAUCAACCCAGAGGAAGUGAUCAACCCAGAGGAAGUGAUAAACCCAGAGGAAGUGAUAAACCCAGAGGAAGUGAUAAACCCAGAGGAAGUGAUAAACCCAGAGGAAGUGAUAAACCCAGAGGAAGUGAUCAACCCAGAGGAAGUGAUCAACCCAGAGGAAGUGAUCAACCCAGAGGAAGUGAUAAACCCAGAGGAAGUGAUAAACCCAGAGGAAGUGAUAAACCCAGAGGAAGUGAUAAACCCAGAGGAAGUGAUAAACCCAGAGGAAGUGAUAAACCCAGAGGAAGUGAUAAACCCAGAGGAAGUGAUAAACCCAGAGGAAGUGAUAAAAAGAUAA